CUUGAAAGGCACCGAGGGCACCGACUCUUCAGCUUGCCUGUUCUUGGUCCGUCGUCCUCUGCGCUCGCGAUUGAUUAGGGUUUUGGGGGAACAGGGAUUCGAGGGGGCGCUGAGUCGGCUGCGGAGGAGGCGAGGCGGAGGGAGCGAAGAUGGGAGAACGCAAGGUCUUGAACAAGUACUACCCGCCGGACUUCGAUCCGGCCAAGAUACCUCGGCGGCGGCAGCCGAAGAACCAGCAGAUGAAAGUUCGGAUGAUGCUUCCGAUGAGCAUCCGCUGCAACACCUGUGGAACCUACAUCUACAAGGGCACUAAAUUCAAUUCUCGCAAGGAGGAUGUUGUUGGAGAGACGUAUCUUGGAAUCCAAAUAUUUAGGUUUUAUUUUAAAUGCACUAAAUGUUCGGCCGAGAUUACUUUCAAGACAGACCCUCAGAACACAGAUUACACUGUUGAAUCGGGAGCAUCACGUAAUUUUGAGCCUUGGCGUGAUGAAGAUGAGGUGGUAGAAAAGGAGAAGAGGAAAAGAGCUGAGGAAGAAAUGGGAGAUGCUAUGAAGUCCCUGGAGAACCGAGCAUUAGAUUCCAAGCAAGAUAUGGAUAUACUUGCUGCACUUGAAGAAAUGAGAUCUAUGAAGUCUAGGCAUUCAACUGUAAGUGUUGAUUUGAUGUUAGAGACUUUAAAAAGAUCAGCCUAUGAAAAGGAGAAAAAGAUAAUGGAGGAACUAGAUGAAGCAGAUGAAGCACUUAUCAAGUCCAUAACUUUCCAUGGUUCAAAAGAUUUUGUUCGAAGAAUACAUGAUGAUGAGGAUGAUGAUAUUGAAGAGCUAGGCCAGCCAUCUUCUAGUUUAAGUGAAACAUCAGAUAACAGUUUAAAGAGGAAGCUUCCUAUGGAGACCUCAGUGAAGGUGGAAAAGCCAACAGAUUCUUUAACUAAAGCUACCAUGUCUGAUGGCUCUAAAGAUAGAGGAAAUCAGGGUGGUUCUUUGUUGCCCAAGUUUAUACUAAAAUCUCGAUCUGUGACAGAGGGUCCUAAGAAGCCUCGAACUGCAUCCACAGAUUGUGACCCUUCAAAAGCCGAGGAAGAAGGUAAAAGCAAUAAUACCACUGGAGAAGGGAUCACAAAUGGGCUGCAAUCCCUCUGCCAAAACUAUGACAGUGAUGAAAGCGAUUGAAAUCUACAAUCUUAUUUUAUGCCUUUGUAAAUUGAAUAUAUAGAGGUCAUAAUAUG